AUGAAGGAACAAGUGUUCUGCGUCAUCCCUGAAGGCGUGGAAAUAAAAGGGUUCUUUGAUUGUCUGGAGUUGGUGAAGGCAAUCUACGGACUCAAGCAAGCGUCGCGCGUAUGGAACGAAACGUUUGACGAGUUUGUUGACGGUCAUUGGUUUCCUACCAGUAUUGGUAACCGUGACCGGUCCAAUCCGAACCGCCUUUUCAGCUUUGUAUUUACGACGUAG